UUCCUAGCUUUGCAACAUCUCAAGCUAGCACUUACAAAUUAAAUUUAAUUUGUUCUUCCAUUUCUUGGGUAGCACCAGCACCAUAUAUAAAAGAAAAAGAAAUGGCAUUCAGCGGGACACAACAGAAAUGUAAGGCUUGUGACAAAGUUGUUCAUUUCGUUGAAUCCCAAUCUGCAGAUGGCGCUAUUUAUCACAAGAACUGCUUCAGAUGCAGCCACUGCAAUGGCCGUCUCGCGAUAAGCAACUACUCAUCGAUUGAGGGAGUUUUAUAUUGCAAGCCUCACUUUGAGCAACUUUUUAAGGAAAAUGGUGCUACCUUGAUGAGGAGAUCGCUGUCAUCUGGAAAGCAACAACAGCCUGAUGUGCCCAAGAAACAACCAAGCAGACUGGCCUCCUUCUUCUCUGGGACUCAGGAUAAAUGUUCAGUUUGUAAGAAAACUGUCUAUCCAUUGGAAAAGUUAACUGUGGAAGGGGAGUUUUUCCACAAAUCAUGCUUUAAGUGCACACAUGGAGGGUGUUCCCUGAACCCUUCAUCGUAUGCAGCAUUGGAUGGAUUCCUUUAUUGCAAGCCGCAUUUCUCUCAGCUCUUCAAAGAGAAAGGUAGCUACAGCCAUCUCUCCAAGACAGCUUCCCUGAGGAAGCAGCAAGAAGAAGACAAGGCCGACAAAGCCGACACAACGGAAGACACAGACCCGGCCGCCGCACCGGCAUCGGCAGAGGCAGCAGCUGAAGCUGAGGAUGCUCCCGUCACACCGCAAGAUCAGUAACCAUAUUCAUGAAUCCAUUGCAUGCAACCACGCUUCAUUGCCCGCCUUUAGUGUUUCUUCAUGCCUCUCUAAUUUUGGUUCUACUUAAAUUCUUUGUUCUUUUAUUUAUUUAUUGAGUUUUGUGUUAACCACAGGCGCCUUAAACCCCAAAAUUAAUGAAAUUAUCAAAGGAUUAUUUGAAAA